UAUGUCUCGUGAUCAUCUGACUGGCCGUCACGCAAAGGAUUGCCAGAGCUAAAAGCGCAAAACAAGCAGCGAUUCUUUUCUGUCUUUAUUUAUUACCGACCGAGAUAUUUUCGCCUUAAUUCAAUACGAAGGAGAUGCACCAGUGAUCUGUUGUUUUGGACAAUCCAGCACAAUGUCAGGGAACAACCUGGUUCUACCUAUUGUACUAUGGGGCCGCACCGCUCCAACCCACUGUAUCAGCAGCCUGUUGGUAAUGGACGACUUUAGCACAAUCAUCACUGGUUGCCAUGACGGACAGAUCUGCCUUUGGGACAUGACGCCGGAGCUGGAGAUUUGUCCCAGGGCCAUGUUGUUUGGUCAUACAGCCUCCAUCACGUGUCUGUCUAAAGCGAGCGCCUGCAGUGAUAAACAGUACAUUGUCAGUGCGUCAGAGAGUGGGGAGAUGUGCUUAUGGGAUGUAAAUGAUGGCCGCUGUAUUGAAUUUACAAAACUGGCUUGUGCUCACACCGGCAUACAGUUCUAUCAGUUCACAAUCAGUACUCAGCGAGAAGGUCGCCUCCUCUGUCAUGGUCACUACCCAGAGAUUCUUGUGGUAGAUGCCACCAGUCUGGAGGUGUUAUAUUCGUUGGUGUCCAAAAUCUCCCCAGACUGGAUCAGCUCCAUGAGUAUUAUCCGAUCACACCGCACACAAGAGGACACAGUUGUGGCAGUGGCAGUAACAGGCAUUUUAAAAGUCUGGAUCAUCACAGCAGAGGUCAACAGGAUGCAGGACCUGGACCCGGUGUUUGAAGAAGAGUCCAAACCCAUUUACUGUCAGGGUUGUCGGAGUAUUUCCUUCUGUACGUUCACUCAGAGCAGCCUGCUGGUGGUCUGCUCCAAGUUCUGGAGGGUUUUUGAUGCAGGAGACUAUUCACUGCUCUGCUCCGUGGCCAGUGACAAUGACAAGGCCUGGGCUGGAGGAGAGUUCAUUGCAGCAGACAAAGUCAUCAUCUGGACUGAAGACGGCUGGAGUCACAUCUAUAAUUUACCAGCCAGCUGUCUCCCUGCUAGUGUGCAUUUCCGAAGUGAUGUGGGCAAAAAAGAAGGCUCAGUCCCGCCACUGAUCUACACCAUAGAGAAUCUAACAGACAAUCAGCUCCUGAUAUGUCCUCCUGUGACUUGCUUCUUUUUUGGUCGACGGGAGCCUUUCCACAAGCUACUGAUCCAGGGAGACUCUGCAGGCAGACUGUCUUUGUGGAGCAUCCCGGACUCUUCCCCUCCACGGCCACUGUCAACUCCUGCAGACUUGCAAGUCUCAUCCACCAUCAGUCUCCAGGAGGCAUUUAAUAAAUUGAUGCCUGUUUCUUCUGGUAUCAUUGACCAGCUCAGCAUUCUGCCCAACAAAGAGGAACCCAUUAAGGUGACUGCUAGCGUCUACAUCCCCUCCCAGGGUCGACUAGUGUGUGGAAGAGAAGAUGGCAGCAUUAUUUUGGUUCCGGCUACUCAAACUGCUAUCGUUCAGUUGCUGCAAGGAGAACACAUGCUUCGGAGAGGAUGGCCACCCCAUCGUACUCUACGAGGUCACAGGAAUAAGGUGACGUGCGUCCUGUAUCCAUACCAGAUAUCGCCCCGCUACGACCAGCGCUCUUUGGUGUCGGGUGGGGUCGACUUCUCUGUCAUUGUGUGGGACAUUUUCACUGGAGAGAUGAAGCACAUAUUCUGUGUCCAUGGAGGAGAGAUCACCCAGCUCAUUGUCCCACCAGAAAAUUGCAGCACUCGGGUGCAACACUGUGUCUGCUCCGUUGCCAGUGACCACUCGGUUGGCCUGCUCAGUCUUAGGGAAAGGAAGUGCAUUAUGCUUGCAUCGCGGCACUUGUUUCCAAUCCAGGUCAUCAAGUGGCGCCCUGCUGAUGACUACCUUGUUGUUGGAUGCUCUGAUGGCUCUGUUUAUGUCUGGCAGAUGGAUACAGGAGCCUUGGACCGCUGUGUGAUGGGUAUAACAGCCGUAGAGAUCCUCAAUGCCUGUGAUGAGCUGGCUCCGGCCACCGUCGAUGCCUUGAGCCAUUCGGCAGUGAACCUGAAGCAGGCAAUGACUCGCCGGAGCCUGGCGGCACUCAAGAACAUGGCUCAGCACAAACUACAAACACUUGCCACCAACCUGCUGGCGGCAGACAAUGCUGACAAGGGGAACCUGCCCAAAUACUCCCACAAUGCACUGGUGGUCCAGUCAAUGAAGACCAACCUCACGGACCCUGACAUGCAUGUAUUGUUCUUUGACGUGGAAGCAGUGAUCAUCCAGUUGCUGACAGAAGAAGCUCAGAGGCCGAAUCCCAUGCUGGUGUCCCCUGAGACACUCCAGAAAAGCCAGGCCGGGGCCGACAAGGGAGGCGCUUUCCUUGCCAACAAGAUUUUCAAGCAGGUAAAGGAGACAAUGAAGGAGACCAUCAAGGAGCACCUGCUGGAUGAAGAUGAAGAAGAGGAGGAGGAGAUGAGGAGACGCGAGGAGAAGUCAAAGUCUCUGAGUCUUCUGGAGUACAAUCUGACAAUGGACACAGCCAAACUCUUCAUGUCCUGCUUGCAUGCUUGGGGUCUCAACGAGCAGCUGGACGGGAUCUGUCUAGAGAGACUUGGCAUGCUCAGACCACACUGCCCCAUCUCUUUUGGCCUCAUCUCAAGAGGUGGUCACAUGUCUCUCAUGCUGCCCACCUUCAAGGAGUCUUUGCUGCGGCAGUUGUCGCUUGCAACAGGCCGGAAGCUGACAUUGUCAGACAUUGUUGGCAAGGGGACAUACGGUGUGUCAAGGGCGGUCACUACGCAGCACCUCCUGUCCGUUAUUUCUCUGGCCAACACUUUGAUGGGCAUGACCAAUGCCACAUUUGUCGGCGAGCACAUGAAAAAGGCACCAGCCAGGCCUCCCAGACCAGGAGGAACCCCGGAGAGUCCUCGUAGGAUGCCGGCCACACCCCCUCAGCCCUCCAACCCGGCGCUACAAGCUCAGAUCAAACAAGGCUGGAGCCAGCUGGCAGCUAUGCACUGUGUCAUGCUCCCUGAUCUCUUGGGCUUGGAUAAGUUUAGACCUCCACUACUAGAGAUGCUGGCAAGGAGAUGGCAAGACCGCUGUCUAGAGGUGCGUGAAGCAGCCCAAGCUUUACUGCUAGCCGAGUUGAGAAGGAUCAGCCAAUCGGGACGUAAGGACACCAUUGAUUUGUGGGCUCCUUACCUGCCUCAAUAUGUGGACACAGUCAGCUCCCCCGGCACAUCCACUGAACCCUCAACUCCAGCCCCACCUCCUCCUGAAGCUCAACCACUUGAGGUCAAGGCUCCCGAGGAGGAAAUGGAUACGACGGAUGAUGACAUCACUGCAGGGUGCCUCUCAAACCUUCCACCAAAUGCCAAGAAGAUCUCCAACUCAUACGAGGAGCGCCGGAAACAGGCCACCGCCAUCGUGUUGCUGGGUGUCAUCGGGGCAGAGUUUGGGGCCGAGAUUGAACCUCCAAAAGGCGCAGCACGUACUCGGGCCGGGCAGGUCCCCGAAGGCUUUGGACCAACAAGUGGCGGUUCUUCUAAUUAUUCCCUGGCAAGACACACAUGUAAGGCGCUGACCUUCCUGCUACUGCAGCCCCCCAGCCAAAAACUGCCACCACACAGCACAAUCCGUCGCACUGCCAUCGAUCUGAUCGGCCGAGGCUUCACCGUGUGGGAGCCGUACAUGGACGUGUCUGCGGUGCUCAUGGGACUGCUGGAGCUUUGUGCUGAUGCUGAGAAGCAACUGGCUAAUAUUACCAUGGGGUUGCCCCUCAACCCACCGGCCGAUUCAGCUCGCUCGGCUCGACACGCCCUCUCUCUUAUUGCCACCGCCCGUCCGCCAGCUUUCAUCACCACCAUUGCAAGAGAGGUCCAUCGAUUUAAUGCAGCCCAGGCUAACUCUCAGUCGCAGCAGAACGUUCACACCACCACUCUGGCCCGAGCCAAGACUGAAAUCUUGAGAGUGAUUGACAUCCUAAUAGAGAAGAUGCCUGGGGAUGUUGUAGACUUGCUCGUCGAGGUGAUGGAUAUCAUCAUGUACUGUAUAGAAGGGUCUCUGGUCAAGAAGAAAGGCCUGCAAGAGUGUUUUCCUGCUAUUUGCAAGUUCUAUAUGGUGGGUUACUGCGAUCGUAGUCACCGCAUCGCUGUCGGAGCUCGUCAAGGUUCGGUGGCCCUCUAUGAUGUUCGCACUGGGAAAUGCCAGAAUAUCCAUGGCCAUAAAGGCCCAAUCACAGCGGUGUCAUUUGCCCCUGAUGGCCGUUACCUGGCAACCUACUCCAAUGCUGACAGUCACAUCUCCUUCUGGCAGAUGAAUACCAGUCUGCUGGGCAGCAUUGGGAUGUUGAACUCAGCCCCUCAGCUGCGCUGCAUUAAGACCUACCAGGUUCCUCCGGUCCAGCCGGCAUCUCCUGGCUCCCAGAACCACUUGAAGCUCGCUCGCCUUAUCUGGACCUCCAACCGAAACGUCAUCCUCAUGGCACAUGACGGCAAAGAGCACCGCUUCAUGGUUUAAAUGAGAUCAAUACUAUGAAGUUAAGCUGCAGUUCAUGUGUAGAGCUCAUUGGCGUCCGGCUUCUUGGUUUUUGUGAAGUUGCUGUGAUACAGAUAGUAGACUUGGAACUGAAGUUUUAUUUUCAAAUAGACUGAAAUUGAAGGCUUAAAAGCAAUGAAACCAUUUGAAUUAGAAAUUAGUGGUUUUUUUUUUGUUUGUUUUUUAUGAGAACCCAAUCUACAUUUAGGUUUAUAUGUGUAUAUAGUUUUGUUUUAUCUUCCACAGUCAGGGUCAUGCUAAUAUAUUUGUUGGCUGAAACAUAACGCCAUUUGUGUUAUGUUUUAGUAAUUUAUCACUCUAGUCAUUCCUAAUUAUUUGUUAGUUUUCUUCCUUAGUCACAAUUGAAGCCAUCAGCGGUCCACACAUUCAUUUCUAUUUAUUUAAUGUUGGCCCCUAUCAUGCCAGUAAAUUGGGUGUUGUUCAUUGUGUUGAUUUUUUUAGGACACGAUUUAAUUUUUAUUACCGAUAAAUCAUUUCACUUGACAUCCCUGAGCAGAUUUAUGAGUGGGCGCUGUUAAAAUAUGACUUGUGGUUUGAUUCUGCAUCGAUGUCCCCAUGCGUCGCUUUGGCAGUCAUUGUGCAGUCGUUCGUCUAUGGAGCAGAAUGGGUCAACAACGAUGGUCAUCUCUGAAAUUAAUCUUAAAGGUCACCCCGAUUGCUGUUAACAGGGCACAAUGAGAAAAUUACUUCGCUUUUCCUCCAUGGCGGUAUCCAGAGUUGUCAUUGUGUAAAUAAGAAAAUAUUUAUUAUUAUUGCCAUUAAUUGGCAUUUCAUUACAUGCAAUGAAAACAUGAAUUAAAAGUGUCCUGUUGUAGUCUUUAGGGUUCAAGACUUUGAUAUUUCAGCCCCUUUUAAAAACAUGGCUCCCAUUUAAAUUUGUUCUCUUUCCACUGCUAAACUUCUAAUAAAUUCAACAGCCGUCAGAUGACCUUUCUUCCCUGUCAUGGUUCAAAACCAAAAUAGUCCUGGGUGUUCAUACAUUUCAAGAAAAACAGGAGAUGGUGUUUUAUUAUGUUGAUAACACAUAUGUCCCCUUAUUCCCACAUUUCUUUAUUUUCCUAGAUGAAAUUCCAACGUGUACAGUAUGAAUAUCAGAGCGUCCAUGUGAUGUAGUCUAGUAUUAGUCUUGCAUGAUUUCUUAUUUGUGGUGUGUUUGACUGCCUGAAUGCCUGCAUGGCAAUGACUUCCUCUUGUUAUCUACACUAAAGCAAACAAAUGUACUAAUUUGACUACAGUGCAUAAUAACAAUUAAAAGAUCAUCUCAUCAUGUCUUUGUGCGUUACCAAUGUAGGUUUGCGUACUUGCUUCAUGAAACAUGAACAUUUUCUAAAUACAAUAUGUGUAUCGGGGAGAAGUAAUACACAUUUAAAGUAUUGUUCUCCUAAUGCUGUGCUUGUUAAAGAGGCUACUGACAACAUUCCCAUCUCAUCUGUUGUGAGGGAAGCAGAUAAAAGAAAAAAAAAAAGAUCACGCUUAACAUAAUUCUAUGACAAAUACAGUAUGUCGUGUGCAAAUUACAUCACUGCUGUUUCUGGCUACAAGUUCCCCUGGGCACAAUUUUUUUUCUUAUUUUAUUUCAUGCAGACAUUUAUGCACAAUAUAUCCAUGGAUUAUAAAAAGGUUUUAAUCCCAGUGCAAAUUUAGUUUUAGAAACUAUUUCUUAUUCUAUUUACCCUUCCACUCUCCCGACAGUGGUUCCUCCCUCUAGUUUCCUUCAGUUUUCAGUGAUGGUGUCAGAAAGCUUCUAACAGUGAUACGCACCUGUAAACACAAGUGUCAAAGCUUUUCACAAGUUUUGUCCCAGUUUAGAUGAAAAAAAAAAAUCCCGUAGCUCAUAAGACUGCCCUUGAGACUUCCACUACACUGGAUGUAAAAA